ACUGGGGCUGCUGCUGCUGCUGCAGUCUCUACCCAGCUGGACGUCUCUGCUGAGCUCAGGGAACUCAGAGACAUGGUAGUGGAGCUGAGGGUGACUCUGAGCUUCACUCAGGAUGAGCUACAGAACACUAAAGAUCUGCUGCACAAAAUAGAGGCUGAAAAUGAUGCCCAAGACACAGAGAUGACAGCUGUGAAUCAAAAACUGGUGGCCAGUGAGACUAAAGUGGAGGCUCUGGAAUGGGUGAAUUUAGCCCAGGAUUCAGAGAUGACAGCUGUGAAGACCAGGCUGGCUGCAAGUGAAACUGAAGUGGUGAAUCUGAGGAAGGAAGCUGCAGCACAGACAGCUGAUCUGAGGUCAGUUACUGAGAGACUGGUAGCCACUGAGACUGACAUGGAGCAUGUGAAGAAAGACACUGCAGCACAACACACAGACCUGACCACUUUGAACACUGAAGUGAUGAACCUGAUCAAGGAACAAGCAGCUCAAGAGGCAGAACUGGUAGUGCUGAAGACUAGGAUGGACACUGGUGAAGCCCAAGUGGAGACCAGACUGUCUGCCAGUGAGACUGAGGUGGAGAAACUGAAGAUGGAACAUGCAGCACAAGAGGCAGAGCUGACAGCAGUGAAGACCAGACUGGCAGCCACUGAGACUGAAGUAGUGAAUCUGGAGAAAGAGAUCACAGAGAAACCCAAGGUGGCAUUCUCAGCAGGUCUGUACAACUCAGGAUACAUAGAGGCUGGGAAUACUGAUCGGAACUUGGUCUUUACUAGAAUCAUCACCAAUGUUGGACAGGCCUUUAGCGACAUAACCGGCUUCUUCACAGCUCCAGUAAAAGGAGUCUACUACUUCAGAUUCACAGUCAUGGAUGUACUAUCCUCACGCUUGAUGGCCAUCAGGAUGUUGAAGAAUGGAGAGCAGGUCAUGUAUUUGGAUGAGUAUGAUAAUGAUGGGCAGCACUCCUAUCUCUCCAGUGGUGUGACUCUGCAGCUGGAGGUGGGAGAUUUAGUUAACAUGCAACUCCCUGCAGGCUACAGGCUCUUUGAUGAUUCUAAUAACCACAGCACCUUCAGUGGCUUCCUGCUCUUUCCUCUUUGAAGGGAACACACUGCUCAACUGCUCAUGUUGUCAAAUGAUAAAUAAUAUGCUUCAUGAUCAUGCUCAAAUAAAGCACUUUUAAA